AUGGAGGCACCUACUUCAUGGGAUUCUCUUCGCAAACAGGCAAGAAAACUUGAAGCUCAAUUGGAUGAGCAGAUGAACACUUAUCGUAAAUUAGUUUCUACCAAUGUUUCGACAAAAGGUGAUGCUGCAGAGAGUGAUCUAGAGUCUUGGAUUGAGCGGUUAAUAAAACAACUCCAACAAGUUAACUCACAUAUGCAAGCUUGGGUGUCAUCUGGUGGUUCCGACAUGGUUUCUCAUACUUUGACUAGACACCAAGAAAUUCUUCAAGAUCUCGCUCAGGAAUUUUAUCGUCUUCGCUCAAGUCAUCGAGCAAAGCAAGAACAUGCUUCACUUUUAGACGAUUUUAAAGAAUUUGAUAGAUCAAGAUUAGACUUCGAAGAGGGUGGUGAAUCUGAACAGCAUACUCUUCUAAGAGAGCAUGCAGCUAUCAGUCGAAAUACCGGACAUAUGGACGGUGUAAUUUCACAAGCACAAGCAACACUAGGAGCACUUGUCUUCCAACGUUCAACUUUUGGUGGCAUCAAUUCAAAGCUCAGCAACGUCAGCAGUCGCCUACCUACGGUAAAUAACAUACUGUCGGCAAUAAAGCGUAAAAAGUCGAUGGAUACACUUAUACUUUCCCUCGUGGCAUCUGUAUGCACAUUUCUCAUUUUGAUCUACUGGAUAACCAAAUGA